AUGAGCCGGGACGGCAGCGCCGUGCCGCCGAUCCGCACGGCCUCGGGGGAGCCGUACGCGGCGCGCGCGGCGCUCCGAGGGCUGCGCGCGCUCCCCGCCGGGGAGGCGUGGCGCCACCAGCGGGCCUCGGGCGGGGGCGGCGGCGCCGGCGCCUCCCCCGGCGGCGAAGCCGCGGAGGAGGCGUGGCGCCGGGGGGGCGUCGGCGCCGAGGCCACGGCGCCUCUCGGCGCCGAGGCCGCGGAGGGCCUCGGAGGAGGAGGCCUCGGCCUGGGCCACGCGGCCGGGGCGUCCGACGAGGCGAUCGACGAGGAGGAGCUCGAGGCGAUCCUGGACGGAGCGAGGAUCCAGAGCGGCGGGCUCUCCGCGCUGCCCUGGCUGCACCAGCUCUGA